AACACACUUGUAUGUGCACUGUUGAGAACCCCUUGCGCAAAUAUAUGUACAUAAUUUUUAUCUUCCAAUAUUUUAUGUCUCAACUCUAAAAAGUAAUUGGAAUGAUAAUAAGGAUAGCGAUGCCGAUCCAAAUCCAUGUAAGCUUCAGGCAUAUUGUCCAUGUGCUUCUAGUGAUCUUGCUGUUUAUCGCCGACGUCGACGUCGCCGCUCCCCGCUCAAUCAUCAAUACUCUGACGGACUUCUCCGGCGACCUCCCUUUCAAACUUGAAACGGGGUAUGUGGGCGUGGGAGAUGCGGAGGAUUUGCAGCUUUUCUACUACUUUGUAGAGUCCGAAAGGAGUCCAGAAAAUGAUCCUCUCUUGCUUUGGCUCACCGGAGGCCCGUGUUGCUCCUCAGUCUCUGCCCUUCUUUAUGAAAUCGGUCCACUAUCUUUCGAUUAUUCAAAUUCAAAUACAGAUACUGCACCGCUUAUUUUGAAUCCUUACUCAUGGACAAAGGUAGCUAAUAUAAUAUUCUUAGAUGCUCCUGCUGGUACUGGAUUCUCUUAUUCAAUAAGUUCAGAAGGAUACCCAACUACUGACACCUUAUUCGGAGCACAAGUCUUUGAGUUUAUCAAAAAGUGGCUUGUCAGUCAUCCAAAAUUUAUCAUAAAUCCACUCUACAUUGGUGGAGAUUCUUAUUCAGGCAAAAUCGUUCCCAUCGUUGUACAACAAUUAUCAAACGGAAUUGAAGCUGGAGAUCAGCCGCCAAUAAAUCUUAAAGGAUACAUACUUGGAAACCCUGUGACGGACACAAGAAAGGAACAUUAUGCAUUUUUGGAGUUCGCACAUCGAAUGGGGCUUUUGUCUGAUAGGAUCUACAAGUCAGCGGCAAGAAAUUGCAAAGGAGAAGAUACAGAUGACGUGGAUCCAAAUAAUGUACCAUGCAUUGAGGAUCUCAAAGUUGUGAACGAGUGUAUUGGAGACAUAUUCAAAAAUCAGAUAUUGCUACCUAGACAUUGUCAACCUCCAUUUGGCGAACAAAGGAUAUUACAGAUGGAAAAUAGACAAUCUUCUGAAGACAAUUUCGUAGGAUUUGUCCCCCUUCCUUUUAAAAAUCUAUGUCAGAUAGAAGCAGGACGUUGGCUUACCAAGAAUUGGGGAAACAAAAAAGAAGUCAAAAAGUCUCUGAAAGUUCGGGAGGAAACAAAAACGACAUGGACAAGAUGCAAUCGCAGCAUACCAUACACUUUCGACGUGCAAAGUAGUGUGGUUUAUCAUCGAAACCUCACUAAGAAAUUUCUUCGCGCUCUAAUUUACAGUGGCGAUCAUGACAUGGUGGUUCCUUAUUUUAGCACCAUAGAAUGGAUAGAAUCCUUAGGCUUGGCGAUUGAUUAUGACUGGAGACCAUGGUUUUCUGACCACCAUGAGGUUCUAGGAUACACGAUGAAAUAUACAAAUAAAAAGUACCAGUUAACGUAUGCGACUAUAAAGGGAGGUGGACACACGGCACCUCAGUACUACCCCGAGGAGUGCUUCCGUAUGUUUGAUAGGUGGUUAGCCCACUAUCCUCUGUAGCACGUGCUAAUUUAAGGCUAUGUUCGUUAAAUUGUAUUAUCGUAUUAUGCAGAAGUAACUAUAAAAUUUAUAUUAGAGUUUGUCUUUCUAGCAUUAUCCUAUUCAAGCGACUAGAAGUAAAAUAAACCAAAAAAAGUGACUAUUAAGUAAUUAUGUUUGGUGGACCGCAUUA